GCAUGCGCCCUCUAGAGAUUAGCUGGAGAAAACAAGAAAAGAUGGCUUUUUCUUCGGCUUGAAAACAUUUUUAUUUUAAAUAGUUGGUUAAUUAAUACUUAAAGCUUUUACAUUUCGUGCAUUUAAUUGUGUUUAAAUAAUUGAAAUUUACUUAGAUUGUGUAAGCAUGUUAGUUUGCAUUUAAUCUAGUGUUCAGUCCAAGGCUAGGCCAACUGUAGCCUAGCUAGAGGGUCUACUAGAGAGGCCAAAGCUUGGAGUCUGCCCCAUCGGCAUCACUAUGUGUUUACAAGGAGGGCAGUACCGGAUUACAGUACAGGGCCUAGCUAACUAGGGUACUGUAAAAUUGGAACAUGGGAAGCCACAAGAAGAAAUCUAGACGCCACUCCAGAUCAAGGAGUAGAAGCAGCGACGAUCAUAAAUCGCGUCAGAAGUCACGAAAGACCCGCAGAAGAUCAUCAUCUUCAAGUAGCAAUGAUUCACCAUAUAGAGGGGGCCGCUCGUCCAAGUCAUCGAGGUACAGGUCGCCAUCACGAUCCCACUCUCCAUCUAGGCGUAGAAGGUCACGAAGUAGGUCAUAUGAUGACUAUGCAAGACGACGGCGAAGAUCGAGAUCAAACAGUAGAAGUAGAAGUAGAUCACGUUCCAGACGGAGAUCAAGAAGUCGAUCACGUAGUACUCAUCGGGAACGGCGACGACGUAGCAGCUCCGGCAGUCGUUCUCGUCAUUCAUCAAGGAAAGGCUCUCCAACUGAGAGAGACAAACAGAAGGGUAAGCAAGCUAAGGACGAAAAAACUAGCUCCGAUUCGGCACCAUCCAACUUGUUGAAACAAAAGAUGCAGAAGGCACUAGAAAAUGCUUCUGGAGCACCAGUAUCCACAGAAACAACUUCCAAGAAGAAUGAAGUGAAUGAAGAUGAUCCUGAGAUGAAAAAAGAGUUGAAGAGACUCGAAAAGGAUAGCUUUCGUCAGACAGCAUUCAAAUCUUCUCGUUGGGACCUGAACCCAGUUAAGUCAAGUUCUACAAGCUCUAGGCCGGUGUCACUUGAUCAGAGCCAUGAUAUGGCAAUUUUUGGAGGCUCAGUAACAAAUGGCUCGGCACAUCCAACUCUACAGCACCCUAACGUUGCUGCUCUUCUUUACAGACCCAACUGGAAACUAACUUGUGAAAGUUUAAGGGCCUCACCGAAAGAGAAAAUGGAUCGAUGGAUUGAGAAGCUACAAAUGUGGCGGAAAAAACGCAUAGACGAGGCAGAAUAUACUUGACACGAUUAGGAAAAAAUUGUUUAAUAAUAAAUAGAGCUAACCUGAAAUUAAAGCAACCUUGGAUUGUACACUUUACAGAUGAACCACCAGUGCAAGUAACUUUUUACUGCCUUUUAAUUAUUUUUGUGACUAUGAUGUGGUGAAUGUGAGCCAGUAUUUAUAGUUUCAUGCCUGUUGGAUGUGUAAACAUCCUGAACUGCCAUCCUUUAAUAGGCUGUAAAGCGUGUGAAGUCUCAUUUAUAUCUACGGUAUGCUAUAAGUGGUUAAGGAUAAUAUUAUGUGUCUUCUGUAAUACUGUACUACUGUAUAUGUGUACAUUGUAUGUUGGAUUGUUGCAAAGACUGUUAUAUUUUUUUUAUUACUGCAUUAUCAUUAUGUUUGAUGGGAAUAUUACCUUUCCAAGGUAGAACAAGAUUGAUACUUUCCUGUAUAAAUUGAUUGAUUAAAGUACAAUUCUCUGGAUUUUAUAUGACUCUAUUGUACAAUUUGGGUUUCAAAUCAUGAAGAUAAAAUAUAAUUAAUUUUGUUUUAAACUGUAAACUGAUUAAUUAAUGACAGAUUAAAAACAAAUGAAAUUGUUUUUCCGUAACCUGAGGUAAUUCAAUAAAUACUUGGUUUACAUCAAUUCUGCUAGAAAAUUGCAUAAAGUUACCGGUAAUUUAGGUAGGGACAUGGAGUACUUUAGGGCUUUAGAUUAUAUUAGUUUUUUAGCAGAAUAGAACUAGUACUAUCAAAGUGAUGCUGAAGUGCUCCAUGCAUUCAUUUAAUUAUUUAUAUUGUACUUGUACAUGGGGCUAGUCAUGCCAAAAUAAGCAUUCUCCAAAUUUUAAGAAAUUUACUGGAUUCGACUUCUUGCCAAAGUUUGAGUUAAAAGUAUUACAGCUUCUCUGUACUAAAGUAUACAAUACUGUCACAUUCUUAUGCUAAUUACUCAGUUUAACAUUUAGUGACAGUACACAGGUUUUGGGAUGGCAAACCUCAUAAUUUAGUCCUGGAAUGAUUACUUGAGAACUUUGGGAAGGCCUUUACUAUAGCAAGCGAUAUUUGGUCUCUCCUGGGCUAUGGCAGUUGGUCUUUUUUUUUUUUUUUUUCGAAGUAAGGCUUUGUGCUUCCAGCCAAGAUGUUGUGGGUCUGAUUCCAAUACAGGUCACAUUGCCCGUAUCUUGGCUCGACACUUUAUCCAUAUUUGUCGCUCUACACAGGAGGACAAGUGUUCCUGUUUAGAUGUGAAUAUUUUGAAAAGACAAAGGGUAAAUGAUUAUGCACUUGGCAAUUGUAAUCCCAGCCUGUUGUCUAUGACUACAUACAUACAGUCCUGGGCACCAUUUUAACAUACUUCUUUCCUGUUUAAAUCCCGGCUAUUUUGCAGUACAAAUACCGGAAAACCUGGCUACUCUGAUGUUUAAAAUUCCUGACCAUUUCAAGCCUGUUACAUUCCUGGGUUAGUUCCAGAUUCAACGCAGUGCUAUAGGGACACAGAUGUCUGUACCUCCCCAGCUCAGUCAUAGCUAGUGCGCUGCUAUUGUGCAUAUCUGGGGAGGAGGGCCCAGGAUUACAAUUGACAAGUGUAUUAUCUGUGCUUUGGAAGUUUCCUAAAUAGAUAGUGCAUCAUAAGUGCUGGGUUAUUCUUAUCAACAUAUGGACCUAGUAAGUAAAUCGGCAGUAUCAUCUACGUAGAUUAUAAAAAAUGCUCGGUUAAGUUUCUGUCUAAAUGUUAUAUCUGUUAUACUAAAUUGUCAUUUCUUUCAAAAUUGCACUAGACGGACUGGUACUAUUAUUGUUAACAACACUGUACUAUUAAUAUUUCAGUUAUUACAAAUAUAUGACUAUUACAUAUUAUAUUUAUUAAUAAUUAUAAUUGUUAUUGUUUUUAUUGUAUGAUGUGAUAAUUUUCGUUCACAUUGUAUGUUGUUAAUUUUACUAAUGAUGUAAUAAAGACAAUAAAUACAUGUUUUAUAAAA